CAUUCUUCGUUGCCGACGUGUUCAUGCCUAGGUGCGAUCUUCGAAAAACACCCUGUCGAGGGUGAGCCUGCGCUUUUCAUAGGAAGCGUCGUUGUCUACGCUGCCGAGAGCCUCGAAGAAGUCUACAAGAUCAUUAAGAGCGAUAUAUACGCUAAGAGAGGCGUAUGGGACCUCGAGAAAAUCCAGGUCAUUCCGGUGAGUUCAAGCUCAUAUUCUCCUCAUCACCAGAAGUGUAGUGAUGUAUCGCUGAGCACGUUAUGCCCGCAGUAUGUUCCGGCUGUGCGCGAGCAAAUUAGAAAAGAGAACUGA